AUGUUUAAAAUUACAAAAUUCUCAGUACCCCAUAUUUUAAUUGAUGCUGCGCGCCAAGCUGCUAGCAAAUCUGGUGGCAAAGGAGCCGGUGACAAAUGUGGGCCUCCUAAAAAAUCAGGUGCAUGUGGGCCUAAGAAAAACUCAAAACCAGAUACUGAGAAACGUGGUGGUGGUGCCCCACUAGCUACUCCACCCUCUAGUCCAACCACUGGUGGUACUGGAAAGGCACCUCUUGGAAGUUUGGGUGGCGUUGGAAGAGAAAGCAGCUGCAAGGCGAAGGUACCGAAAUCCGGUAAAGGCACCAGUACGGCGGAAGCUUUUAGAAAGAUCUGUUUGUUCGGUAUCUUGCCAGCUAUUGCCUUAUUGCAUAUCCUAAUAUUCUCCACAAGAACGCACGAAGAGCGCGAAGAGUUCAAAAUGUGGCCGCAUCUUUAUAAGCGUGACAAACGUUUCCCUUGGCGUGACGGAGUAAAAUCACUUUUUCACAAUUCAUAUGCUAAUCCUUUGCCUGACACAGGAUACGAAGAUGAAUAA